UGCUGGACGCAAGAUGUACAAGAAGCUUAUCUGCACCAAAUUAAGAUGGAUCUCGUCAAUGGCGAGGGAGCAAGUGAUGAGUUGUCUCGACUUCAGUCUCAUCUAUACAAAAAUAUACUAAGCUUCACAGAUUCCAUGUCACUCUAUUGUGCAAUUCAGCUAGGUAUCCCUGACAUCAUCCAUAACCAUGGCCAACCCAUUACUCUUAAACAGCUGGCUUCUAAGCUUCGAAUCCACCCACAAAAAACCAGCUGCAUGCACAGGCUCAUGCGUUUGCUGGUACACUCCGGUUUCAUUACUAAAACGGCCCCAGUAGUUCAUGAAGAUCAAGAAGGAGAAGAAGAAGAAGCUUAUGCUCUCACAGCUUCUUCUAGGGUCGUCCUCGAAGAUAAGGUCACCGGCCUGUCACCGUUGGUUCAAGCAAUACUUGACCCUGCUGUUGUAAACUCAUGGUAUUCCUUGGGAGAUUGGUUUCGAGGCACUGAGCUCACACCUUUUGUGAAAGAGCACGGGAUGGGUUUCUUUGACUACUGCAAACAAAACCCAGAAUACGGUGUCGCUUUUGAUGAAGGAAUGGCCAGCGAUUCCCGACUAAUGAGCAAGGUGAUCAAGGACUACAAGACCAUUUUUGAGGGUUUGGAUUCGUUGGUUGAUGUUGGAGGUGGAAGUGGGACAGUGUCGAGGAUCAUUUCUGAGGCAUUCCCUCACAUCAAAUGCACGGUGUUUGACCUCCCACAUGUGGUUGCUAAUUUGCCAGAUGAUAAAAACUUGAAAUACGUCGGUGGAGAUAUGUUUCAGUCCAUCCCUGCUGCAGAUGCCAUUCUGAUGAAGUGGAUCUUGCAUGAUUGGAGCGAUGAGGAAUGCAUCGACAUACUAAAGAGAUGCAAAGAGGCUAUUAGGAGCAAAGGUAAGGACGGAAAGAUAAUUAUCAUAGACGUGGUGAUAAAUGAGGAGGAGGAACAACAUGAUAUUACAAAAGCAAAGCUUUUCUCGGACGCUCUGAUGAUGAUUUUGGUCACUGGAAAAGAGAGAACCAAGAAAGAGUGGGAAAAGCUCUUCUUGGAUGCAGGCUUUAGCCACUACAAAAUAGUGGCACCAUAUGGCUUGAAGUCCCUGAUUGAGGUUUAUCCUUAUUGA